AUGUUCGACCAGGGUCUGGCGACCACGACCACGCACGAUCAGAGGGAGCUGGAGAGGAGAAUCGAAGAGAUAUACACGGAUCUCCUGCACGACCAGGAGGCAGCCGCAGCUGCCAUCAACUUGCGGCGAGAUGCCCACGCGACGUUCUGCGGCAACGCGAUCGCCAAGCCCCUCCGUGCGGGCUUCAUCGCGCUAGACGCUUCGCGGACAUGGAUCGCGUACUGGAACAUUCACUCCCUCGCCCUCCUGGGGCGGCCCCUGCCACCUCCGCCCAAGUCCGCCGGGCCCGAACGCGUCGCACAGGGCCCCACAGCCACCCGCGAAGCGCUCAUCUCCUUCCUGGCGUCUUGCCAGAGCCCGCGCGGCGGGUUCGGAGGCGGGCCGGGGCAGCUGCCGCACCUCGCGACCACGUACGCUGCCAUUGCAGCCUUGGUCGAGCUCGGCGGCGAUGACGCCCUCGCCGUACCGGACCGCGGAGCCCUGUGGGAGAUGCUCCUUCGGCACUGCGUUCCGCCAGAGGAAGGCGGCGGCAUGCGGGUCACGGAGGGCGGAGAGGUUGACAUUCGAGGAUCCUAUACUGCCGUUGCAUCGGCAUACAUGGUUGGACUCGACGUCGCAGAGCUCGACCGACGCGCGGGGAUCGUCGACUACGUCCGGCGCUGCCAGACGCACGAGGGCGGCCUGGGCGGCGAGCCUGGCAACGAGGCCCACGGUGGGUACACGUACUGCGGCGUUGCGUGCCUGAAGCUCCUCGGGAGGCUCGAUGCAAUCGACACGAGCGCGGCGGCCAGGUGGGCGUCCGUCCAGUGCCAGGGCAGCACGGAGGGCGGCUUCCGGGGCCGCACGGACAAGCUGGUCGACAGCUGCUACGCGUUCUGGCAGGCGGCUGCUCUGCCGAUCCUGCGCGACGCGGGCGUGGGGGGAUGCGCGGCGGUGAACGCGGCAGCGUCCGGGACUGGCGGGGCGGCGGAGGCGUGGCGCGCGGUGGCGGAUGAGGUGCAGAGUGCGGACCUGGCCCCGCGGAGUCUGAAGGAGCAGGCCGUCGGGCUGUCGGAGGCUGCAGCGGCUCAGGAGGUAGAAACCGUGCAGUCGAACACCGCUGAAGUGCGCACCACCGACGAUGAGGCCAUCGCGGCGUUCCUGCGCGCCGGACAAGCCCAGAAGGCAGCCGAGCUUGCCCUCGACGACGUCGCCACCGCCAGCAGCGCCGCGCCGGCCGUCUUCAGAGAGAUCCUCGGCACACAGCCUGCCAGCGGCGCACCGCAGGACGCGCCCGCGACGCCGGAACGCGCGUUGUUCGACGCGCUGUGUCUGCAGGGGUGGGUGCUCGCGUGCGGGCAGCCCGACAGCGGCGGGGGCCUGCGGGACAAGCCCGGGAAGUCCGUCGAUCACUAUCACACGUGUUACGCGCUCAGCGGGCUCUCUGUCGCGCAGCACUGCGCCAGGGCGGGGCUGCAGGGCGAGGCGGCGGACGCGGUGCUUCUGGGCGGGCCUGGGAACCUGCUGCGCGCCACGGAUCCCGCGACGAACGUCGUGACCGACAACUUGAGAGCUGCGUUGAGGUACUAUGGCGAACGAGGGGGCGUGUGA